CGGAGCGGCGCGGCAGCCGCGGCAGGGCCGGGCAGGGCCGGGCCGGGCCGGGCCGGGCCGGGCCGGGCGUGAGGCGCUGCCCCUCAGCUCCCCUCAGCGUCCCCUCCGCUCCCCUCAGCCGCGGCGGCCACGCGCCCUCCCGCGGCCCGCCGGGCGGGCGAUGGAGGAGCGGUGGUACCGCGCGGCCUCGGGCGCGCCGCUGUCGCUGCGGCGCCGCCAGCACAGCGCCUCCUGCCGGGAGCUGGCGGUGCGCGGCCCCCGCCUGCAGCUCCGCUCCCUCAGCGCCCUCACCGCCGCCGCCUGGCUGGCGGCCUACGCGCUCUUCCUGCUCACCCAGAACAGUAUGGUGCUUUCUGCUGCUAUCUUCAUCACGCUGAUUGGCCUGAUCAUUUACCUGCACUUUGUGAAAGUUGACCAGGAAUCGCUGCUGGUCAUCGGCUCACUCGGCAUUCAGGUGACUUCAUCCUAUGCUUCAGGGAAAGAGAGCACAACCUUCAUUGAGAUGGGUCGGGUGAAAGACGUGGUUAUCAAUGAAGCCAUCCAUAUGCAAAAAGUUAUCUACUACCUGUGCAUCCUCCUCCAGGACCCUGGAGAUCCUCAGGGAAUAUCUGAGGUUGUGCCACUCUUUCAGAGCUCCAAGCCACGGCUGGACUGUUUGAUAGAAGUAUACAAAAGUUGUCAAGAAAUCCUGGAGCAAAGGAAGACAGCUCCACAAUCAAGUGGAAUAAAAUAGUAAAAAAAAAAAAAAAAUCAAGGCAGCAAACUUGCAGCAGGAGUCAGAGACGCAUGUGGGAAAGCAAGCAAAACUGGCCCAUCGCUUUUUUUAGCAGUACAGUGGUGUUAGGUCUAAAGGCCCACACAGGCUCACAGAGUUGUGAGAGCUAAUGUUGGCUCAAGCACUGAAGUGAACCUUGAAAUCCUCUGCUAUGAAGAUAGGUGAGCAGAACUUUUUUGACUCAGACAGAAAAGGUUUCUCCUUGCCUGUCUGGAAACAAAUUAUGGGGAAACAGGGCAAAGGGAGGCAGGAACAUGCAUCAAAUGUUGUAGUGUUUUGUGGAUCUGAAAAUUAUGAUACACUCAUAAUGUAACCUUGGCCAGACUGUCAAAAAUAUUAUUUCUUUUUUUUGUUUCUAUUUAACCCUUUGUUUGAAAAAAAGCAUAUGCCACUCUAAAUACCAAAGCAGAUGUGUGGGCUGGGAUGGUAACUUCCUGAUCCACAGGAGAAUUUCAGAAAUAAAGUAUCAUAUAAUUAAAA